AUGGCUACAGGGAAAGGAAAGCGCUCUUCGCGGGCUAAUGAGAUUGCUCCCUCGGUGGGCGUCUCAGCUCCCGUUGCAGAAUCCAUGCCAUUCAUGCCGGACGAGAGCGCCUUCGCAGGCCUACGACAGAAAAUUGAACAGCGUUUGAAGAACCAGAAUCAGAGCACCGGGAAGGGCAAAAAGGUUAAUAUCAAGCCAUCGGCCCCUGCUGCAAAUCUUUCCGUAAAUAACGGAAAGCCAUCUCCCGCAAAGCCUGGCCGGAAUCAAGAUUCUGCGCAAGGCAAGAAGCGGGAUCGCAACGGCGAGGUGAUUGCUCGGGAGCAAAAAAACGGUGGAUUCACGAAGCAAGAAAAACCCAAAGUCGGCAAGAAGAGCAAUGACGACGAAACACUUCGCCAAGAGAUUCUAGCUAUGGGUGGUACCGAGGAGGAUCUUGACCUUCUUGCGGGUGUCGACUCUGAGUCUGAAGUUGAGGGCGAGUCCGGGAAUGCUGAUGAUGAUCUUCGGAAGCAGCUCUCUAGCAUGUUGGAAGCUUCAGGGCACGUUGUGCCUGAGGAUCUAGCAGAUGACGAAGUCGAAGACAUCGAUGAGGAAAUAGAGAGCGAGGAUGAUCUCCAGGAUAGCGAGGACAAUGCAGUGAGCAGCGGGCCAGAAUCCGAUAUUGAAGAAGCCCCCGCUCCGAAGACAAAGGAGUCCAACUCUGUGGUUCCCAAGGAGUAUCUGAAGCUGGCAAGUUCUGGAGCCUAG